UUAAAUUCUUACUAGCUCUUUUGCAGUGUAUGCAACAUUGAACAAAAUGACCAAGCCAAACGUUGUUCCGCUCGCGGUCGCUGCGGCCUUUGGUGCUGGCCUGGCCAUUUGCUCCAAGUAUGUCCUGAAACUGCACAAGAAGAAGGCUCUGCGCGUUCUCAUCACGGGCGCGGCUGGUCAAAUUGGCUAUGCUCUGGCGCCCCAGGUGGCUGUCGGCUCCAUGCUGGGGGCUGACCAGCCCAUCAUCCUGCACCUGCUGGAUGUGGAGCCCGCGAAGAACGCGCUCGAGGGCUUGCGCAUGGAGCUAGUGGAUGGCGCUUACCCCCUGCUGGAGGGCGUGCUGACAUUCACGGACGUGGCCGCGGCGUGCAAGGACGUGGACGUGGCGGUGAUGGUGGGCGGCUACCCGCGCAAGGCGGGCGAGGAGCGCAAGGACGUCAUGGCCAAGAACGUGUCCAUCUACCAGCAGCAGGCCAGCGCGCUGGAGGCAAACGCCAGCAAGGACGUCAAGGUGGUGGUGGUGGCCAACCCCGCCAACACCAACGCGCUCAUCCUGGCGGAGAACGCGCCGUCCAUCCCGCGUGAGAACAUCACCUGCCUCACACGCCUGGACCACAACCGCGCGCUGGGCCAGGUGGCUGAGCGCACCGGCAGCCACGUGGGCAUUGUGAAGAACGUUAUCAUCUGGGGCAACCACAGCUCCACGCAGUACCCCGACGUCAACCACGGCACAGUGGGCGGCAAGCCCAUCCGCUCCGCAGUUAACGACGACACCUGGCUCAACGGCGACUUCAUCACCACCGUGCAGCAGCGCGGCGCGGCGAUCAUCAAGGCUCGCGGCCUGUCGUCGGCGCUGUCCGCCGCCAACGCCGUGUGCAACCACGUGCGCGACUGGGUCCGCGGCACGCCCGGCGGCAGCUGGACGUCCAUGGGCGUGGUUAGUGACGGCUCCUACGGCGUGCAGCGCGGCCUGGUGUACUCCUACCCCGUCACCUGCGCGGGCGGCAAGUGGAAGGUGGUUCAGGGUCUACCCAUCGACGGCCCCUCGCGCGAGCGCCUGCGUGUGACCGAGGCGGAGCUGGUGGAGGAGCGCGACCUGGCGCUGCAGUGUCUGGCGGAGAAGAAGUAGAGGGCUGAGUAGGAGUCAGAGGAGGGCAGCGAGGGCAAGGCGGGGAAGGCGUCAGAAGGCAUGGGGCCACAGCGCAUGGUGAAGCGCUGAGCAGCCGGGCGCUCCCUGGUGCCGCGAGAGAGCCAGCUUUGGCCGCUGGGGAAGUGACCGGGUGUUAGGAUGAGCUAGCAUUGACACCGACAGAACGCGGGUGAUGAGCGCGCUGGAGUUGCAAGGUUGAGUCGUGGACGUUAAUAGUCUAAUGGACGAUUGAUGCCUGGGGUCGGGUGUGCCGGGUUGGACAGGCGGGCUCGCGUGGAUGCGGAUAGGUAGCACGGAGUAGAGACAUUGCUGUGCCGGGGCAGGGCCGGGGCUACAAGAGUUGAUUGUCGUUAGACACGGUCAUGGCGACAGGUGACUCCGCAGCUACUGCCGAUUUCUUAGCAUAAUGCAUACAACGCGCAGAAAGGGCUCGUAUGCAACACUUGAAAGAUUUAUCAUCGUUUGCGGCCCAUGGUUACGGCUUGGGUUACGGCCCCGUGGUUGGCCAUCCGAGGCUUUCGCCGAUGCCGCCUUCCAUGCGCAGGUCCAACCUCCGACGGGAGACCAUUUAGAACCAAACCUGUUACUGUG